CAGCCUUCAUGGGCUGCUGGAAGCAGUGUCUGGACAGGCCGACCAAGUAUGCCCUGGUGAGCGGUAUCAUCGUGACCCUGGCAUUAACUGUCGGGAUGGUCCUCGCCUUGACGCUGGACUGGGGCUCCCAGUCAGGCUGCCAGGGGGACGUCUGCCACCCCGAAGGGGAUAUGCUGAGUUACCUGCUGAGCCUCGGCCAGGUCAGCAGUCCCGAUGGCCUGCUGGUCACCUGGAGCCAUGGGGCCAACAGCCGCACUGAGAUGGAGGAGGGCCUGAGCAGUGACUCCAUGGUCUUGGAGGCAGAUGUCAACAUAGAAGGGCUUGGCACAGCCAGUGAGACAGGCAUCCCCAUCAUGGCCCACCCGCCAGCCAUCUACAGUGACAACACCCUGCAGCACUGGCUGCAGACCGUGCUAACCCACUCCCAGAAGGGCAUCAAACUGGACUUCAAGAGCCUCAAGGCCGUAGGCCCCUCCUUGGACCUCCUUCGGCAGCUGACUGACGCUGGCAGGGUGCAAAGGCCUGUGUGGGUCAACGCUGACAUCCUGCGGGGUCCCAACAAUGCUAUCUCCAUCCCGGUCAAUGCCACACAGUUCCUGGCACUGGUGCAGGAGAAGUACCCCAGGACCACCCUGUCCGUGGGCUGGACCACCUUGUAUGCAGCCCCGCUCCUUACUGGCCCAUACACCAGGGCCAUGUUGGAGGAGAUGCAGGCACUGGUGGGGACCAUGCCACAGAAGGUUACCUUCCCUGUUCGGGCUGUCAUGGUGCGAAGGGCCUGGCCCCACUUCAGCUGGCUGCUGGACCAAUCUGACAGGUACACCCUGACGCUGUGGCAGGGCACCACCGAUCCAGUGUCCGUAGACGAUCUCCUCUAUAUCCGGGACAACACGGAGGCCCACCGAGUCUACUAUGACCUCUUUGAGCCUGUCCUGUCACAGUUCAAGCAGCUGGCUUUGAAUACCACAAGGAAGCAGGUGUACUACACAGGUGGCAGCCUGAAGCCACUUCUCCAGCCUCGAGGCUGUGAUGGGCUGGGCUGGGAGUGGCUGGUUCCAGAAGUCCACGGCAAUGGGGCUGAAGCCACGGUCAUCUUCCCAGACAAAGAUGGCAUGAUCCUGCUGGAUAUCGGCCUCCAAGGAGCUGCAACCAGAGAACCUGUGCCCAUUGUACAUGCCCCAGGUGGCCCUACCCUGACACUGGAAGCCUCCCUGCUAAAGCUGGCCAUGCGCCCUGGGCGCUGGGGUGUCCACAUGAACAUAGCAGAGCCUGCAGCCCUGCGGCCAGCUCUGACCACUCUGGCACACCUCUCUUCCCUUGGCCACCUGCCCCGGCCUGUGUGGGUUGGGGCCACAGUCUCCCAUGGCAGUUUUGCAGUCCCUGGCUACAUGGAUGGCAGAGAGCUGAUCACUGCUGUGGCUGACAUUUUCCCGCAUGUGACACUGGCCCCAAGCUGGCCCGAGGAGGUGCUGGAUGGUGGCUACAGGGAGCAACUGGUCACAGAUAUGCUAGAGCUAUACCAGGGGCUCUGGCAACCAGUGUCCUUCCAGAUACAGGCUGGGCCACUGGGGCAGAGCCCAGCAGGGGUAAUGGCCACAUUACUGGCGGCCUCACCCCGGGCCACUGUCACGGUGCAAAGCAGCCGUGCUAGAAGCAGCCCUGCAGUUGUUCGGGCAGGACUUGUAGCAGCCAGGGCUGAGGACAGAAGCCGGGUCUACUACAGGUUGACCCAGGAGCAGCGCCAAAACUUGCUGGCAGACCUUGGCAGGAACUGACUGCCUAGCUGUGAGCAGUGCCAGGCUGGCUAAUCUCUGGGCCAUGGCUUCAUGGGUGGCAGGACGAAUAAACACCUGGCCUUCCUCCCUA